CGAGGGAAGGAAGAUGUAUUGGCCACAAAGAAUAUGGUAGUGGGGGAAUCAGUGUAUGGCGAAAAACGUAUAUCCGUUGAUGAUGAAACUGGUACAUCAGUAGAAUACAGAGUUUGGAAUCCGUUUCGGUCGAAGUUAGCGGCAGCUAUGAUGCAUGGUCUUGAUUCAGUACACAUUAAACCUGGCACGAAAUUGUUGUACUUGGGAGCGGCUUCUGGUACGACGGUUUCCCACUGUUCAGAUAUAGUAGGCCCGGAUGGACUUGUAUAUGCAGUGGAGUUCUCACCAAGAUCAGGUCGUGAACUGCUGAAUCUUGCUAAGAAGCGUACGAAUAUUAUUCCAAUUAUUGAUGACGCUCGCCAUCCACAUAAGUAUAGAUUGUUAGUUGGCAUGGUAGACACAAUUUUUGCUGAUGUAGCUCAGCCAGACCAAGCUCGUAUUGUGGCAAUCAAUGCUCAUCACUUUCUAGCUAAUGGAGGUUUUGCUGUAAUUUCUAUUAAGGCUAAUUGUAUUGAUUCUACGGCAGAGCCUGAGGCAGUUUUUGCUUCCGAGGUCAACAAAUUGAAGGAAGAAAAAUUUAGACCCAGAGAACAAGUAUCUUUAGAGCCUUAUGAGAGGGACCAUGCUGUUGUUGUUGCGGAAUAUCGGGCUAAGAAAAAGGGGACAACAUGA